AUGGGGAGUAUCACUCCUGAUGUUCAGAAGGAUGAUCCUGAGCUUGAAGAUUCGCUGAGCAUUGAUGAGAAUCCGCCUGGGGAAAUCUGUUUAUUGAAGUCAGGGAACUUGUUGAGCCAGAGAAGACAGCAAUGUAGUUUAGUUUCAAACAGCGGGAAGUGGUUACAGAUUGUUAAAAACGGUCCCAAAGGGUCCUUCUCUCGUGCCACCAGCUUCUUCGAUAACAAGAUCCCAAGGCAUUUGGUGUCACUAGACGAGAAGUAUCUACGUCGAUGCCUCGACUUGAUCAAUAUCAGUGCGUUUAAGUCAGCUAGUUGCAGCCUCUCAAUGAAUCUUGUAGGACCAAAGAUGGGUUUUUCUUCGUACCACUUCGAUGCACCAGUGAUCCCCAAAGAAAAUGUUGCUCGCCUUGUGUUUGAUCUCCCUUUGGUAGAUGAUUCAGGCAAUAUAGUGAUUAGUCCCGCAAUCACAGGUUGCAAGAGGGUUAAGCAUUCGCUUGAUAAACCUUUGUUACACAAUCUCGAAGCAGUGGAUGGUGAUGAUGUGAGUAGCGGGACAAGGCGAGACGAUGAUGGCGAAAAGGCGUUGGUUUCAUGUGAUGUUGUGAGGAAGACAGAGGAAAGACACGUCCAGGAUUCGCGGUUUCAGAGUGAUGAAUCUGGAAACAUGUUUAAAAAGAGGGUCUCUUUAUCGAGCACGAACUCGGUGAGUUCUUCUUCCUCUGAGCAGUCUUGGUCUCCGUCUCCAACAGUUUCUCAAGGUACACUUCAGUUCACUAUGAAAGACAACAAGACGCCUCAUUUUGUUUUCUCAUUGGAUGAUCAGAGAGAGAUGUAUGUAGCUAGCUUAAGCACUAGUAGCCUAGGAUCAGGUUUCGACCGGAGCUCUCUAGAGUAUUCGUAUUUGAUCCAUUUGAAGAAAGGCCGUGGAACCGAACCGCAGCGAUUGGUUGGUAAACUAAAGGUCUCAACUUUGUUUUCCGUCUCGUCUACGAAUGGAAAAACCGUGGAGAGACAGUUUGUUCUGUUCAGCAGCGGCGGGAAUCCGCAGUUACAAGGCCACAGCGAUGCCAGGAAAAACAGAGGAUUGCCUAAGAAAGUCGUUGAUGCGCUCAGAAGCACCGCACGAGCUUCAAGGCAAAGAAGCAUCUCAAGAUUCAGCAGAACAAGCUCCGUAGCAGAUUUUUGCUCUUGGGAGCCAUUUCAAGAACCAGACCACGAUCUCGAAUCCGUGAGUUUGCUAGAUAACGACCUUCCACCAAAUCUUGAAACCUCAGCUGUUGUUGUGAGAGAAGAGUUUCCCGUUGAAGAAGAAGAAGAAGAAGAGAAAAAAGUCGGUGGCUGGGGCAUGAAGUUUCUAAAGAAAACUCGCCUGGCUCGAACCAAGCAUGCUUCUGAGACUGAGAGUUGUAAGCAUGCAACGAGCAUAGAUGUUGUGAUUCCUUCAGGGAUUCACGGAGGGCCGAGAAACAGAAACGGUGGUCCUUCGAGCUUGGUUCAGAGAUGGAAAUCCGGUGGAAGCUGUGACUGCUCUGGGUGGGACUUGGGUUGUCCCUUAACCGUCUUCAAAGGCCAAGCUCGAAAAGACCUAAAUGAAGGCCAAUGCAAUCUCUUUGAGCUCUUCACAGAGGGACCGAAGCAGGGGAUUCCUGGACUGAGGAUCAUGAGUGUGCGAGACGGUCUCUACUUCGUACAAUUCGAGGGGAAGAUAUCUGUUUUGCAAUCUUUUGCAGUCGCUUUGGCAUACAUUCAUAGCCAGAGCCAGAGACUCCAGCCAUGGUCUUCAGGGAAGUGUACAGAGAAGGCUUAA